CACGAUGUUGUUUGUGCAUGUUUUCUUCUCAAGAAGAGGUUGGUGUAGACCUAGCCUAGGCUAGUACGGAUUAUCUCAGCACGUUUAGCAUUUAAACACACAAAGGAAAAUGGCUGAAGGAGGCAACGGAGCUGCGUCAGAAGGAAUUUCAGGUUUAGACAGUUUCUUUGUGAAGCAACGCAGGGAUUUAAUGUAUGAAAUUAGGAAGUUAAAAUAUGGCGAUAAACCUGUUACCGAAGGCGAGAGCAAAGAGAAGAUAGAGAAGUUCUUCGUGAAAUGUCUACAGUCUGAUGAAUACCCUGAUGAAAGUACAAGCAGACCAGAGAAUGUUUUGCUUGAUAUUGGAGACUUGUUCGAGUCUCGGCCUGUAUCAAAUUUACUCCGAAGUAUGCAAUUCAGAGAAGAGUUAGAGGGUGUUGUACGUGGGACCGUCAACCGGCAAGAGCAGGAAAUGGAGCGUGCUCAGAGACUUCGAGUAGCAGGCUUAGCCAUGGCAGCUGCAGCAGCAGAACAUUUCUCCCCUGUCGAAACAUUAAGCGAGGCAUCAGCUAGUAUAAGUUCACAGCCCUCUGUGGAUUCAAGGUUGGGAUUUAUUCCCCCUCCCCCACCUUUUAUGCCGAACAAUACACCGCAAACAGGACAACCGUUUCCAUCACCAAAUCCUUUUGGGACCUCAAAUGGCUUUGCAGCUCAAAAUAUAGGAUCAACACAACAGAACCAGUUUGCUGCUUGGCAACAGUUUCAAAUGCAACAGUUUUUACAAUGGCAACAGUUGCAACAGCCACACCAGCAAUGGCAACAGCCACAUCAACCAUGGCAACAACCAUGGCAACAACCACAGCAACAACCACAGCAACUACGAGGCAACAGACCAGCCAGUCAGCAGCAGCCAAAUUCACUGCCACAACCACCGCUUGCUUCAGGUGUCCUCUCUCAAAGGCCAUGGUUAACAAGACGGGAAAACCCUCAGAAUAUGAAUCAGCCACCGGUCGUGAAUUUGGACCAGAACCGGCGAGAAGAAUUCAUCGCAGACAUUAGCGAUCUAGUCCAACAACAAUUGGUCUCAUCCACACUUGAAAGCAACUUCCGAGGAAGGCUGGAAUAUUUACUAGGCGAUCGAUUGACCAGUGCUGGAUUUGACGGUCAGCGUGUUUCUGAGUUUGUGCAAUCACUACGGCCAACACGGAGAAUUCUGCGCAAUGAUUUCCGCCAUUUGGGCAUCAAUGCUCCACGCCCUCAAGAUAAUCGCCAGUCUCGGGAAGAAACGACAUUACCUAGCCUGGAAUUUGAGUCCUUGAGAAGACAGAUGGACGAGUUGAAGAAUAUGGUGCAGUUGACCUUUGACCUGCAAAUGGACAUGCAACGAGCAAUACGUCAGGAGGUGGCAGCUGCAUUGACCGGUCAUUCAGGGCCUGGAACUUUGCCCCAGAAUGCUACUCAGCCAGCCAAUGAGGGACACUGUCUCAUCUGUUUGGAGAAGUCAAUAGAUUCGGUCCUGUAUCAAUGCGGCCAUAUGUGUGUCUGUUUAUGUUGCGGUCUGAAGUUAAAGUCACAAGGUAACAAUUGUCCAAUGUGUCGUGCUCCUAUCCGCGAUGUUAUCCGCGCUUAUCGUUGCCAUGAUGAGUAGAGGAAAAAGAAGUGUGGCAGGGAGUAAAGGGCGGGCAGGGGAGCUGGAGUUUGGGAAAUGGACCGGGAGAUAAAGAGAAAAAUAAGUGGGAGGCCAGGAAAUGUAAAUAGGUGGACAAGAAACACAAAUAACUAGAAACGGUAAAGCAGUGUUGGGAUAAUUUUGAGAGAAGGAAAUUUCAAUAAUAGGGAGAACCAAGUUCAUAAUAUAAUUAACCAUGACUACAAACAAAUUAACAUACAUAAAAGUAGAAAAACGAAAACAGUUUGAUUAAGAAAGAGUUCUUGAGGGAACUUUGGUAUAGGCUCUUUCAAGGAUUAUUAUUGUUUUUGUUAUAAUAUUUCAUUUUAAAGUGCAACCCACCACGUACCAUUCUGUCAUGGAUUAAACGUCCUUGAUUCUGAAGAUUGUUAAAAAGCAAUAUUAUUUACAAUGUGAGAAAUUCCUUCUGUUGCCCAUUAAAAAAAUUAAUUGACAAAGAUAAUUAUACAAAAGAAGGAAAACCUUCAGAUUACAAAAUUAGAUAUAAGUAUGUAACCUUCAGUUUUUAAGGGAAUGGAGUGAAAAAUACAUAGUUAUUAUUACUCUAUUUUUUAUUUGAAUAUUUUUACCAUCAUUUUAAUAUUAGUUUAUUCUUAAUAAUAGCAUGGACAUCACUAACUGCUGCGUUUGAACUAAUGGAAAUUACAUAUCUGAGUUGCAAUUAUUUUGAAAGCUAUAAUAAAGAAAAUAAUAUGUAACAAAAUUUUAUGUGGUCUAUUAAUUGUAUUUUUAUUUCAUAUUGUAAUUGUAUCAUUGAGAGCUUACAAAAUGGAACAAUUCAUCUCCGAUAUGUAACAUAAUUUGUUGCUGUUUGAUCGCUGCUAUUGUUUAUAUCAUUAGAUUUCUUUCAAAAAAAUAAUUCAGAUACAUUUUGAAAUAUCUUUUUAAAAACUUUUUGGUGAUCCUAAAAUAUGAAAUGUAUUAAUUUCAUCAUAACCAGGCAGUAACUUGAGGAUGCUAAUAGAGUAUCAGCUUAAAAAUAAAACAUUUUUGCAAGUUUAAAAAAUGUAAUUUCUUGUUUUGGAAUCAUCAAAUAUGAUUGAAGAACAUCUUUGGCUAUAUUGAACUGGUACGUUUCAUAAAGAAUUACUUUAAUUCAGUUGGUGUAUGAAGUAGACUUUUUUGAUAACAUAAGUCUGAGUUAAUUAAUUUGAAAAAUUUCCAUGUGAUCAAAUCAGGGUACGUAGGCAACCAUAGUUACGUUGAAUGUUUUCACUCGUUUUCCUUUCGUGUGGACAUUUUAAGCCCGGAAUAUUCCUGGCUUUAAAAGGGUUUAAUGAAGAACGACCAGUGAAAUAUGCCAAUUGAUGAAUUUGUUGUUACUGUCAUUGUUAAUGUCAUUUUAAAAAUGUUUGUUUUAUUCUUGAAAACAAGAAAUUAUGGACAUUUAAAUAAUUUUUAAAGAUAAAUAAUGUUUGUAAAUAAUAUAGUAUGAAUUCCUAGAUGGUUUGAUCUAACACAAUAGAAAACUAAUUUCUAUUUUUAAUGCUAAAUUUUACUAUAUAUAUAUUAUAAUCAAGAAUCAUGUUAGAAUUGUAAACUUUUUUCUGUUAUAUAGUGAGAGAGUCCUUAUGUAAAAAAAAUAAAGAAUAAAAUUAAUAAAUAUAAAUUAAAAGUUGUGUUAUUCUACUUUUUAAAAAGUAUUUGACAAUUGAAAAACUAUGUGAUAAUUAGUGUUGGACAAAAGAAAAGUGAACGUUAUGCAAGCCUCUUGUAGACUUAAUAUAAUAUGUAAAAGUACCGUAACUUGAAUUACCAGCCCUGGGGUUACAUUUCACCAACCAAAAUGCAGGGUGAAUGAUGGUUGGCUGUAAAAUCUAAAAUUAGACCCAGCCAUAGCAAAAUAAAGAAAAAAAGAACACAGUAGAUCGACUUGAUUUCCAAAUGUUUCUUUUUUCUUCACUAAUUACACUUUUUCUUAACUAAUUUCUUGUUUACAUGUAAAUUUGUGAAAUAAGAAGACCUUAUAUAUACUGUAUUUAUUUGAAUAAAUACCAUGGCCAUUUAUUGUUGAGAAGGGUUUUUGAGGAGGCGUUUAUUCAAGGGAAGCAUUUAUUCGAGGAGGGCGUUUAUUUUUUUUUGUGUGUAAAAUGGAUACGCAUACACGCAUAAUUGCCAUGAAAAUGUGUUAUUGUGUAACCAUAAAGACUUACUAAUCCCAAGCAGGUUAGAAAAAAUGUAAUUCUGCUGGUAUAGAACAUUAAUAGGAUGCGUUGAGAA